GAAGAACGACCCUUUUCUCCAUGGCAACGACAACUAUCUCUUGUCGCGCUGUUUGCUGGAAUGUUUAGUUUCUUUGUAGCAUUUUUGUACUUUAACUUUUUAACUGUUAAGAGUAAUUCACAUCGACAGAAGCUGCAAAUGCUUAUUUAGUAAAUCAUUACGAGAGCACAGACGACAAAACUGCUCCACUGUAGGGUUAGCUAAACAAAGGUGGGAGCUAACAUUAACAGCAUUUCUGAUUAUUAAUGGCAGACUGUUGGAACACGGAUACAGGAGAGGCUGUGUUUCGGUCCCGGGAUGCUGUCAACAAUUUAAGGAUUAAGUAAGUUACAUGUGAUAAAACAUUUACACUCCACGACGAUAUAGGGGACUGUAAUGAUACUCAAAGGAAGAGAGGGGAUUAACUGUGCUCUGUUGUGUUAGAUGGUGAAAUGUGAGAUUCACUUCUGUGAAUCUCGACCACCAGGACACGAUUCUUUAACACUCUUUCCAUCUGAUUCCUGUAGAGUGAGAAUAGAGAGAGUAACCUCGACAGCAGCUCUCUCUCUGCACCUCCAGCAGCAAGUUCUGUCCCAGCAAGGAGGAGCCAUUGAGUUGGAGACCCUCACCUCAAGAGGACAGACAGGUAGAUUUCUACUCCCAUUACUCCAAAAAUUCUCAGGAUACUGUAUAUCUACAACUUCUAAAGGUAUCACAUUUGUGUUACCUUUUUUCCUAUUUUUGAAAAUGCACAAUCCACUAAAGAUCCAUCAAAACGAGUUGGGGCGAGUCAAUAGGCUCCUUAAAAUAUUUUUCCUGUCAUCAAGCACGAUUAUGAGUUAACGCCCAAUCUGCAUUUGGGGGUUUGUUUCGUGCACCGCCUGUCCAUUAAUGUCUAAAACCCAAUGUGGCCCUUAAGACAAAAUAAUUGCCCACCCCUGGACUUGGUCAUCAAAGAGAAAGCAAACUUGUCCUUUUUUUUAUUCUCAAAAAUAGAAUCAAGGAGUCAACUGCAUUUUAUGACACCUGAACAGACCUUGUGAUCACAAUGAUUUUUAUCUUAUGGCUUGACUUUCAAACUUGACAAGGCCUUGGGUUUGUAUCUAGCUGAGCAGUUUAGUAUAAGUUGUAUAAAAACAUGAUAUAUCUCAACAGUCCAAACAGUUGUCUAGUGUAGGUGAUGUUUAUUAUGCUGUCCAAUGAUAAUAAUUUAUGACAAUAAUACUAUAACUGGAGUAGGAAUGUGACUGACAUUAUGUAUAACUUUAAUAAAACAUAAUGGGUGUUUCUUUCAAAUCAUUUCAGUAACAGGACAAUAUUGUUUUUUGUUAUCAGGUGAUAACGAAGAGGAGCAGGUGGUGGGGUGGCAGGAGAAACUCUUCAGUCAGGUAGAGCUUGGAGUUUUUAGUAUCUGCUCCAAUGAUCUCUGUGUACCCUUUCAUCAUCUCUUCUUUGUCUCUGUAUAUGGGCCCAGUAUGAGAUGGAGCUGUUCCAGAGCGAGGCGGCAUGUCAGACCCCUCUGGAUCGGCAGUAUCAUGCAGAGAUCAAGGCUCUGAACAAGGGAAAGGGCAGAAGAAAUAACAGAAUUUUCACAUAUACUGAUCAUGACCGCUACACAAACUGUCUUCCAUUUCAGCAAAUAGUAAGUUAUGUUGCAUCAACGCAAACAUCAUUGUUUUAUAAUUCUCAAGUUCUACAGUUCACAUCUCUUUCUGUAUUCAUAACUAGUUUAUAUUUUUGAUUCUGAAAGCAACAGGCCACUGACUUACUCACCACAACCAAAUCCAGCCCCACAUUCUUGGCUGAAAGGAUGGCCAGUGUGAGACACAGACGGCAAGAAAGACACGCCGCGUAUGUCAAGUACCAGUUCACUUAUUUAAAUGUACUAAUAGCUCAUCAAGACUGUAUUCGGAAAAUGCAUGUUAAAGGAGUACCCCCUCAAAGCUGUUGUGUCUAAUUGUGUAAUCACUACGCAAAUGGAAACAAAUUUCUUUCAGCAACUUUGACGUUAUUGUGCUUAUUUGUCAUGGAACUUGUAUUGUGAAGUAUUCUGACGGUUAUGUCAAAUUCACGAUGGUCUGUUGAAUUUUGCAGGGAGAGCACCACCCAUAAGUCAAAGAUCAUUAUCUGGGAGCCCACAGAGGAGUUUGUGAAAAACAGUCAUGUGGUGAAUAACUCCAUGCAGACCAUGCACAUCAUGGGAGACUUGAGUCCCCCUGGGAGGUACGACCAGAGACACAAAGACCCAAUUUUUAUUUGAUUCAUAUUUGUGGUGUAACUGUGGUCUAUUUUGUUUCUCAGAGCUGGGUUCUACUUUGUUGUGAUCAAACCUUUAUAUUCAAAUGUAUGUUUGUAUGUGGAGCUCCUCUAAAUUACAUGUGUGCAGAUUCUCAGAUGUGUACUGCUCAUUUUUCUUUAAGAGAAGAGGUGCUAGUUGCGGCACACCUGAUCCCAUAGCACACAGAUACUAAUGCUUGUGUGUAAAUUUGUGGAUUUAUUUGCCAAAAAGUUACUCAGCAAAUUUCAUGUUACCACAAGGCAAAAUAGAUACCGUAAAAUCUUAAUAAUACAGUAGUUUGAGUAGUUUCAGGAAGUCUUACUGCACGGCAACUGAGUGAAUGGAUCUUUAAUGACAAGCAGGUGUCAUUAUUCAACUGUGCUGUGUAAUUCUGUUGGAUAAUCUCUGUCUUUGUUUUUUUAGGCUUGGCCAGAAAGAAAGUGAAUGUUUGCUGGUAACCAUAAAAACAGAUGGCAAUGGAACAGUCAUUAUAAAACCUGACUUUAACAAAGGCAAGGAGCCCUACAGGCAAGUUCAAUCAACACAUGACUUUAUCAAUCUAAAGCUCCAGCAGAUGUGUUAUGAACUGUAAACCCCUGGUUGAACAGGGCAAGGUUAUUUAAGGACCACAGGCUCUCAAAGACCCACUGCUUUAGUUCCCCUUAAACAUAUUUGUCAUUAAAAAAAAACACAAAAAGUUAACUUCAAAGGGAAAGAAACGCAUGUAAUUUUGUUAGUAAAUCAGUGUGGUUUGUGAUGUGCAGGAUUGUAUCGCAGGGGGAGAGGAGAGAAGUUUGGCGUCUGUUUCUAGAGAACAUGUCUACAGCCAUGAAACCAGAGGAAAAGGAGAAGGAGCAGAACAUCUACAAAGAUGUGAGUGUGUCUUGGUCGUAAUUAAGUGGAAAUAAAAAAUAUCACUAUAGAUGUUUAUUAAGAUGCUGCUCAUGGUUAUGGUGUCAGAACAACACAUCUCAUGGCAUUCACUUUCUCUGUCUGUAGCUGUACGCACGGCACAAGGAGUACCUCAAUAGCCUUGUUGGACAAGACUUUGAAAUGGUGAGUUUUUAUCAAAUUAUGAAACAGCUGAGAGUUAUUUGAAAAUAGGGCGGAUGUCAGUUUAAUAGCCUCUGUCUCAUUGGGAUCCCAAAGUGAGGAAUCAAAUGGAAGUUGUCUUAAAUAGGGGAAAAUAUCAAAACGGCUCACUUUGUUUUGUCCUACCAAUGGUCUAAACGAUAAAAAUUAGUCAUAUUUUUUGUCAAAUAUGACAAGAAGCGUCAAAUUCUUACAAGUGUAAGAGCAUUGGUUGUUAAAAUCGAAAUGACAACUUUUAAUAGUAAGGUAUUUCCAGUGAAUCAUUUACCGUGCUUGAUGUCUCCCUCAGCCUCCAGCUGGUAUUCUGCGCUAUGUGAUGAAUGGAGAGAUUGGUGAGUAGGGGAGCCAAAUUCAUCACAACAUUAUUCAUUCAUAAAAUGUCUUUAAAAUGUACAACUUUCUUAUCUACUCUCAACAGUCUCGGCCAAAGGAUUUGAAUAUGAUAACUUAUACAUUCACUUCUUCAUGGAACUGCCAAACAGUAGGUCACAAACCUCACAUGAAACGAGUUAAAGUUGUGGUACUUAAUAAUUAAAAUGAACAUGUUAACUUUGCUUUCUUUUUUUUAAUUUAAGAUUGGUCCAGCUUGCCAUUUCAGUGUCUCUCAGGGGUUACCCAGACCUGCCGGACUAAAACAUUAGGGAAGGUGUGUAUGCAUGACAAAAAAAAAACAGUCAAUAUGUUUACAUGCUCUUCUAAAAAUAGAUUUAUUGCCUUAGUGCGACUGAAACCAGACUAAAAAAAUCAUCUAACUCUGUCACUGAGGUUGAAUUAACCAAUUACAUGACUUGUUUUCUGUCAACAGGAAAAUGUAGCUUUCUUCAGUUUCCCCUUCAGCUUUGAAGCAUUUUUCAUGUGUGAAAAAGAGAGUGAAGGUCUGUAUCAGCCAAGAUUUAUUGUGUCUCAGUUGACUGAUUUGAUUUAUGUGUGUUAUGUUGGCGGUUACAUUCAUUUAUUUUAAUAAUACAUGUAACACAAGGCUAAUUUUUGAAUACUGUCUUUGUUUUAGAGUCAAUUCCCCAGUGGCCAGUGCUUUACUUCAAAGUUCUCUCUCUCGACUCGUGGCAGCGCUAUAGGACUGAAGGUUACGGCUACCUUCUUUUUCCCUCCAUGCCUGGUAUGUUGUGUGCAUUUAAAUGUUUCUUUUUUUUAUUUAUAAAUCUGAAAACAUUUCAGUGUUUUGUCUCUGUGCAGUGAAAAAAAGGCAGCAACCCACAACACUUUUAGAAGUUGUAAAAACCAGAGUAUCAUAUUUAAAAAAAAAAAAAAAAAGGUUGUCACUUUGCUUUGGAUCAAGCAGCCAAAAAAUGUUGCUUCUUUUCAGCUUCUUUCAGUCCUAUUUAACAUUUAAAGGACAGCUAAUAAUUUGGCAAUUUGAAAGACAACAGUAAAAAAUCCACGCCAGAAGACACAAAUGUCUUCUGUAGGUUAAUGAAUAGCUCCAAAUCCUUUCAUUUAUUUAUCUUUGCUCUUUCUUACAUUUGUGCGUGCAAACUCAUAUAUGUGCCAGGCAAGCAUACAAUAACGUGCCACACAUGGAGGCCUCUCCAGACUGGAACAGUCUCGUCGCUGCGGCGCUUCUUUAUUGGAGGGUCUCCAGAGCUUGAAGACCACAGCUACACGAGGAUACCAGGAACCUUCAAGGUAGGUGAAAAACCCAAGUGGAAGCGCUCUUUAGAUAAAUGCACGUAAAACAGAUAUUGAAUUUUUCAGUUUUCCAAUGGCUGCUAGCACAGUCUGAGUAAAUGGGUUAAGUGAGGACACUUGAGAAAAUUAGUUUUCUAUCAUAUCAUUCAGAACUACACAAAUGUCCAUUUGUAUUCAUUAUUUCUAUUUCUAUUGCCACAAACAUUGAAAACAGUUAGUGUACAGGUGUAUUUUCUCUUGUUUCAUUUACAACACAAAUUUUCUGCAGACUUUGGAAACUGGCUUUUUGUCCUCGUUCAUCCUAAAUUGCCACAUAACAUAUUUUUCUUUUCCGCUUCUAUACCUGUUUGCAGGGAGAGAGGCUGAGUCGCUUUGGCUUUUGUACAGAAACCACAGGAAGUGUCACCUUUAAUCUGCACUGCAUCCAGCAAGCUAGGUAAGUGCCUAAUGUGUGCAGCAGUGGCGAUUGCUCUAAGACUGCAAGGGAAGCUCGGCUUCCCUUAAAAUGUCACCCCCCCAAAAAAAGAAAAAGUGGUGAAAUACGUACUGCUGUGUGUACAUUUCAUUAACUAAAUACGCACUAGAAAGCCUUCAACUUUUGUUCAGACACUGUGAUAAGAAGCUGAUAAUCACAGGUAACCGGCAUAACUUCGUUCUCAUUCAUCCUCGCAGCGCCUCAGCGCUUCAAACAGUCGGACGCUGGGCUUCUGCUGACUUCAAUGUUGAAGCUUAAAGUGGGUUGUUCCAGCAGCGAAACUAGACGCUCAUUGGAUAAAUGCUGGGCUUUGUCCCGCCCAAUGGAAGCCCAGCUUCACUGGAGUUCUAUGGCGAGAGGGCGGUCCCGACUUUCUCCCGGACUCCAAGCUUCUGCAUUCAUGAUUGGAUGAGCUGUCUGAGGCGAAAUCCUUUUUUGAUUGACAGCUAAACAAGCGGAUCAGCGAUCUUGAAGAAUAAAACAUCUACCAGAGCAUUUUCCAAGUCAUUCAUUCCGUUGUUCUUAACUGCUCCAGAGACUUUACCGAUCCUCAGCGACUUUUGUCUUUGUUAAAAACGACUGCCGUUGUGUUUGGCGACUCUGUUCUGUUACAUACUAAUAAACAAAUACAAUUAUGAUGUAGGCCAGAAAAAUGAGCUUCCCCUCCUUGAAAGACCAGCAGCCGCCACUGGUGUGCAGUGAUAUCUUGUGAAUCCCAAGCAUUAUUUAAGAUGAAUUUGGGUCUCAAGUUUGAACACUCAUCCAAAUCUCUAGAAUAUCUGAUACGACAAAAUAGAAUUUGCCUGCCUGUUCAAAUGAAUUGUAAGGGUGUAUUCUAGAAGUUGCUGACUAUGUUUCUUACAAUGUACAGUGGUUGUUAAUGUGGGAGAUAAUUCAUCAAAGGUCUAGUGUGACAGGAUUCUAUAUAUAUCUUAGUACUGGUGUCCAAACUGUGUAAAAUAUUUUGUCAGUGACAAUAACUUGAAGCCCUGUUACCUGUUUUGAUAUUUUGAUCAGUAACUGUUUAUGUCUCUGUGAUAUUUUUGUCUCAGGUCCUUUGUUGAUGCUGCCAUGUUGAAGAAGAGGAGGCAGAAAGUUUUUGAUCAGCUGGGAGGAUUCAGUCAGCAAGGAGCUGUUUGCACCAUCUUAGGUAAAGAUGCUCAAUUGAAGUUGCAAUAAAAGAACUUUAUUCAGAUCAGGAUCUGCAGAUGUAAGGAAGCUCGGAAGCCAUGUUGGGUUUAUGAUAAGCACAUGACAUAAGUUUUCUCACCUACCCCACCUUUGAUCACAGUCAUAUAAAACAUUUUUUUCCUUUUUUUUAUGUCAGAGGCAUUCAAAAGAGCUCAGAGAAAGAUGCAAGAAGCAAGAGAAAGUCUUCCAAGAGACCUCAUCAACGCCACCUCCCAACUCCACAUCGAGUCUUCUACAUGAAUAUGAAAACAGUGACCAACACAUAUCACAGCUUCAGAAUCUGUGGCACUACAUCUGAUAUCAGUUCCUGUUGUGCUAUUUAUCAAAAUGUUGUUUAUUUGAUCUGUUUUGCUGACAACAGGAGACUAUUUUUACAAAUCACAUUGCACAAAUACUAAUAUAUAGAUUAGAUUUUAUAUUUUAAUACGAGUGUGCUUUCCGAGUAUAUGACUCCAAACUUGGUCAGAUUUUUUCAUUUUAGAAAGCGAAACUUGUAAAAACUUGUUAAUAAAACAUUUUCAGAGAUUGA